ACUUUUAAGCAUUUUUUCGCUACUACUUUCCCAAAACAUUACAAAGAAACUAGUUUACUAUGCUUUCUCAUAGAUCCAUCUUUGUCACCUCUUUCCUUUUUGCGUUGAUUGCCAUUGCCUACGCAACUGAUUAUGCCUAUGGGCCGACACCAAACAUUGAGAAGCCGGAACCCAAAACUAAUUUUGCGUAUGGCCCAUCACCAAAUAUUGAGAAAUCUAAACCCGAAGUAGAUUACAAUUCACACCUCACAAAACCAGAUUAUAAACUUACCAAACCCAAAUUAAAUUAUCGAUAUGAUUCAACUCCAAAGGUUAAGAAACCCAAUCCCGAAACAUAUUAUCCCACAAAACCAAAUUAUGAAAUUAACAAACCCAAAACGGAUUAUGGAUAUGAUUCGGCUCCGAAGAUUGAGAAAUCCAAACCCGAAGCAGAUUAUAAACUAAACUCUGAAAUUCCAAAAUCCAAAACAGAUUAUAGGUAUGGUCCAGUACAAAAUAUUGAAAAGCCCAAGUCAGAAGCAGUUUAUGAACCAAACCCCACAAAACCAAACUACGAAGUUCCAAAACCCAAAACAGAUUAUGGGUAUAGUCCAUUACCAAAAAUAGAGAAACCCAAGUCAGAAGCAGUUUAUGAACAAAACCCCACAAAACCAAACUAUGAAGUUCCUAAACCCCAAACAAAUUAUGGAUCUGAUACAGUACCAAAAUUUGAGAAACCCAAGUCAGAAGCAGUUUAUGAACCAAACCCCACAAAACCAAACUAUAAAGUUCCAAAACCCAAAACAGAUUAUGGGUAUGGUCCAAUACCAAAAAUUGAAAAACCCAAGUCAGAAACAGUUUAUGAAUCAAACCCCACAAAACCAAACUAUGAAGUUCCAAAACCCCAAACAAAUUAUGGAUCUGAUACAAUACCAAAAAUUGAGAAACCCAAAUCAGAAGCAGUUUAUGAACCAAACCCCACAAAACCAAACUACGAAGUUCCAAAAUCCAAAACAUAUUAUGGGUAUGGUCCAAUACCAAAAAUUGAGAAACCCAAGACACAAGCAGUUUAUGAACCAAACCCCACAAAACCAAACUAUGAAGUUCCAAAACCCAAAACAGAUUAUGGGUAUGGUCCAGUACCAAAAAUUGAGAAACCAAAGUCAGAAGCAGUUUAUGAACUAACUCCCACAAAACCAAAUUAUGAAGUUCCAAAAUCCAAAACGGACUAUGAAUAUAGUCCAACACCAAAAAUUGAGAAAUCCAAAUCAGAAACAGUUUAUGAACAAAACCCCACAAAACCAUUAUAUGAAGUUCCCAAACCCACAACAAAUUAUGGGUAUGGUCCAACACCAAAGAUUGGUAAAUCCAAAUCCGAAGUAGUUUACAAACCAAACCCCACAAAAUUAUACAAUGAAAUUCCUAAGAUCAUUGGUAUUCAAGGAGAAAUUUUGUGUAAAUCUGGUUCCAAUUAUUAUCCAAUUAAAGGGGCUGUGGCAAGAGUUACAUGUGGAUGUGUGAAUGAACUUGGAUAUGAGACAGGUCCUAUAUCAGCAUUAAGUGAUGUAACAGAUAGUAAAGGUUAUUUCUAUACUUCAUUGUCACUUGAGGAGCAAGGAUCUGAAUUGAAGAUUAAUGAAUGCAAAGCAUAUUUGGAGAGUUCUCCAUUAGAUACAUGUAAAGUUCCAAGCGAUGUGAAUAAUGGGAUUAGUGGUGCUCCUCUUUCUUCUUAUCGUCUCAUUCAAAACAACAAGAUUAGAUUGUACUCUGUGCCAGCUUUCUUCUACACCACGCAACCUAAACAAGCCCCUAACGGUUAUUGAAAACAGCUUCUAUAAGACAUUCAUUGGUUUGCCAAAGAAAUAAUUGAGAUCGAAUGUGGAUGUUUACAAAGUUGAUGAAUGAUGGUUUAUUUUGUUAAUUUGUGUUUUUUUUUUUUAAUGUUUUGUUAAGUGUUGGAUUUCAUAAUUCGUUGGUUGGAGGACUUGAUCAUGGUAUGAAGCUUCCUUCCCUUAAGAGAUUUUUGUCAAGUUUUAAUUCGUUAAUUUGUUUGGUUAUUGCUUAUUGAUAUACAAAGAAAAACAAGGUUAUGAACCAAACUUUAUUUAUUUCUUCAUAUUUGAGUGUAUAUAUACAAUUUCCCCCCUUAUAUAUAAUAAAUUUAGUGCAAGGGAUGUUGACUCAA